UAAGUUAUUUAUCUGCUUCUUUCUUUCUUGGUCUUCUACUUCGAACAGCAGCCUCCAUCUCUGACCUCGACGCCUCCGUCCAUUUCUCGCUCGUUGCUUUUCCUUCUGCUCUCCAUCACCAGGCUGCCAUGGAAGCUUCGCCGGCUCUUUCUCGCAUAGGCCUCGCCGGCUUGGCCGUGAUGGGCCAAAACCUCGCUCUCAACAUCGCCGACAAAGGCUUCCCAAUUUCCGUCUACAAUCGCACCACUUCCAAGGUCGACGAGACUGUAGAUCGCGCCAACAACGAAGGUAACAGCCGGGAUCAGCACGCCAGGAAUGUGCGCCAGCCUUGCGUAUUUCGAUACUUACAGGCGUGCUAGGCUGCCUGCAAACCUUGUGCAGGCACAGAGGGACCUGUUCGGGGCACAUACGUACGAGCGGGUUGAUCGCCAAGGCGCCUUCCACACAGAGUGGACAAAGCUUGCUCGCAAGGCUGAUGCUGGUGUUGGCAUUCUCAACUGAGAUUUUGAGCUGCCUGCCUUCCCUUGUGGUUGGUUUUCUUUCUCUUGCCUCAUCAAUUGGGUGCAAAUUUCUCGCUUGAUUUUUGCUUGCCCAUUUCAAAAGUUGUAGUUUUACUUUUUGUAUCACAAUCUUGACAGUCUUUCCAUGCUUCUUAGGGAGUAGAUAGCAGAUAUAUUUUACUGGCCUAAAGUAUUUGCUAUGAAUAAUAAUUAAUAAGGAAAAAAAGAAAACAAAAAAAAAAUGUAGAAGGAGAAGCAAGCAUGGCCCUCGUGUUAGUUCUUUUCACAUCUCUUUGUUGUGCAAAAUGAAGAAUUUCCAUUUCGUUUAAUCUGUCUUUGAAAUUGGAAUGAAAAUAAUUCUACCAUUGAUGUUGGGUAAA